AUGGAGUGGAAGUUUGUGUUUGUUGUGCUGAGUUUGGUAAUCGCUCUACUUGCAGGAGAUGUUGCGAGCAGCAGAAUAAGGCACGUUGAGCAUCUCUACAAGGGUGGACUUGGCAGAGGACGUGGUGGAGGAAUUGGUGGAGGUGGCGGAGCUGGUGGAGGUUUUGGCGGUGGCGGCGGUGCUGGCGGAGGUGGGGGUGGCGGCGGAGGAGCUGGUGCUGGCGGAGGUGCUGGUGGAGGGUUCGGUGGUGGAGGAGGAGCUGGUGGUGGUGGAGGCUUUGGAGGAGGUGCUGGGGGCGGAGGAGGCUUUGGAGGUGGAGCAGGUGGUGGUGGUGUUGGAGGUGGCGCUGGCGGGGGAGCAGGUGGUGGCGGUGGUUUUGGAGGAGGCGGAGGAAGUGGUGGAGGAAUCGGUGGAGGAGGUGGUGCAGGGGGUGGCGGAGGCUUUGGUGGGGGUGGUGGAAUUGGUGGAGGAGGGCACUAA